AUGGUCGCAGGCGAGGGAAAAGAAACGCCCGAAAUGGUCGCGGCUCGAUCAAAGUACCCACCGGGGACGGUCCUCAACCCGGAUGGAACACCCUGCAAGGUAACGUCAACCGUCGGCCAGGGCUUCUUCGUCAUCGACCGCCAACACCACUCUCGACCAGUAGCGCUUCGAGAGCUAACGACUUCCACCUGGCGCAGAUUUGUACUUCAUCGGCUGCAUGGUCCGCAUUUGCGGGCAAGACCAAGAAGAAGAUACCCAAGACGGGAACUGCAGCUGCAGCAGGAGCAGGCGCAGCUGCCACCACUUUGGCCUCCGUAGACACGACCGGGUCGACCGCCUCCCCGACCGAUUGUCCCCCAGACGUCGAACAACUCGGUCGUCACACCUGGACUUUCCUCCACACCACGGCUUCUUACUUUCCCCCAGCUCCCUCGGCGCACCAACGUACCUCGAUGCUGUCACUCCUCAAUGCCCUCCCGACUUUGUACCCCUGUGGGAUGUGCGCCGACGAACUGGGCAAAUAUAUCCAACAACACCCCCCUGAACAAGCGGUAAACGGAGGGAGGACUUCAUUGGAACUGUGGCUUUGUCAGGUACACAACGAGGUCAAUCAACGACUGGGGAAGACACCUUUCGAUUGCGAUAAUGUCGGCCAGAGGUGGAGGGAUGGGUGGACGGAUGGGAGGUGUGAUUAG